GGCCGGGCCGGGCGGGGCGCGCGUCCUUCCCCGCAGCUCUGUCUCUUGUGUGUUCCGCUCCGGCCUCCGGUUUCGCUUGGACUCACUUGCCUAUGGCCGCAACGAGGAGGCGGAGCUGACCUGGAACUCUCUCCUUGACCACUGUCCUUUCUAAGGAACACUCACCUUGCAGAGCCCGCUUGCACAGAACUGACAGGGGACCUUCUUAGGAGCAGAGAAAAUGGUGAUCUUCAGGCAGCUGUCCCUGGGUGUGAAGGCCGCCCUGGCUGCUGGCACCGUCUUCGUGUCCAUGAUUAUCUCCCGCUCCUAUCUGGCGGAGAACCUUGAACUCAGGGCCUGGCGCUGGCUGUUACGCCUGCAGCUGGCCCUGUUCGCCAACUCGCUCAUGCUUAUUGGCUCCCUCUACAUCUGGCGCAGCACGGUCAGCAACCUUAGCCAUUCCCCAGCCGCAGAGUCGGCCUGUUUCCAGCUUUGGAAGAUGGCUGUCCUGACAUUUCUGGCCCUGGCCCAUUCCAGUUUCUUCACCAUGCUCUUUUUAGUGGCCGAGGAGCCCUAUCUCUUUUCCUUGGCUGCCUACUCCUGCCUGGGGGCGUACAUCAUCAUGCUCUUCUUCCUCUGUACCCUCAGCGGCAUGGAGCAGGCCUACCAGCUCUUGGCGUGGCGCAGUGGUAAGGUCGUGGGCAGCCUUGACAAGACAAGGAAGCUGGCGCUCAGGCCAGCCCUGGCAGUGGUGGUGACCGCUGUGCUCAGCAUAGUCGGGCUUCUGAACGCCGCCCAGCCCCCAGCUGUGAAAACCGUGGAGGUGCCCAUCCAUCAGCUGCCCCUGUCUAUGGACAACCUCAAGGUCGUGCUUCUCUCAGACAUUCACUUGGGCCCCACCGUAGGCAGGACCAAGAUGGAGAUGUUUGUGAGGAUGGUGAACAUGCUGGAACCAGAUGUCACCGUGAUCGUGGGUGACCUCUGUGAUUCAGAAGCCUCAAUCCUUCGGACAGCUGUGGCUCCAUUGGGCCAGCUUCAAUCACGCCUCGGCACCUACUUUGUCACGGGGAAUCAUGAAUAUUACACAUCGGAUGUCAGCAACUGGUUUGCACUGCUGGAGUCCUUGAAUGUCAGGCCCCUUCACAAUGAUAACGUGAAGAUUUCUGCCGUGCAGGCCCACCAUGGUGGUGGUGAGGAUCACGACUGGAUCUGCUUGGCUGGGGUGGAUGAUAUUGAAGCAGACCUCCUGCACUACUCGGGCCAUGGCAUGGAUCUCGUGAAGGCCCUGGGGGGCUGCAGCCCAGACCACGCCACCAUCUUGCUAGCUCACCAGCCCCUGGCUGCCAAGAGAGCCCUUCAGGCUCGGCCGGAUAUUAACCUGAUUCUUUCUGGGCACACGCAUGCUGGCCAAAUCUUCCCCUUGAACGUGGCAGCCUAUUUCCUGAACCCCUUCUUUGCUGGUCUCUACCAAGUUGCCCAGACUACAUUUGUGUAUGUCAGCCCAGGCACGGCCUACUAUGGGAUACCCAUGAGAUUGGGGAGUAGGGCGGAGAUUACACAACUCAUCCUGCAGCGGGCUCACUGAACCUGGCCUUGCCCUAGACUCCUCUUCGUUGCCCUUGCCUGUGAUUCUCCAUCUUUCAGAGCAGGUUGCCUGCUUGAUUCCCUCCAGUCUUUCCUGCCCAGCCCUGCCAACACACCCUUGUCACAAGUCUGUCUUGAAUAGUGAUUUGUGGUAAGGCUGCCUGGCAAGUUCAGGCAGGUUAACUCUGUAGAUGGCCAGUUGCUUUUUAAUAUGCAUUAGUAAGGCCACUAAAGUCACAUGCAUAAGAACAGGCAUCUGUCUUCCAGAUGAUGUGGAGUAAGCUAUCCUCCUCUGCAGAGCUCACAUGGUGUUGCUUGAAAGAGAUAUCUAGAAAACAGACUAGGGAAGGAACUCUGAGUGUUUUUAAACCCUCUUUAGGACUUAGGCAGUUUCCAGGAUGAGUGUCCAGAGCUUUUCUGGGUAAAGAGCAUGUUGCUAGGUAAUCUGGCAGAGCAGGUGAGAAGGAGGCCCCUCUGGCUGCUGGAGAAGAAGGUUUUCUUUUUCCCCUUGGUUCUGUCACAGUCACCUGUAUCAAGAGCAUCAGCAAAACCCACUGGAAUAUAGGGCUCAUCCUACUCCAGGCCAUGAGCGAUGCUGUAUAACCGUGCUGCUGAGCCUCCGGGAUUGUGGGCGGGCUGGAGAGAAACGUGAGCGCUGUGGUCAGUGAUGGCAGUAGUUAGUCCUGCUGCACAGGAGUUUGGAGGGUGUUUGACUCCCUGGUCUCCUUUUCUUUAACGCUUGGGUGAGUUUACUAAAGACAGGCUACUUUUCCCUAUUUAGAGAUGAGGAAACUGAGGCAGAGAGUGGGAGGUAGGCCAUGGGCAACAUGACAAGGUGUGUAGGAGAUUCUGGGCUAGAAUCGACAUCUACCUCUCCGUGAAAGUGUUCGUUCAACUGCGUGAUGGUUAAGUAGCUGUAUGUGUUACAGGCCAGUACAGGAUUUGAACAGUUAACAGUGUAAAGAGAACAGCAAGGGCCUAGAACCCGAUGUUCUUUAAAAGUCAUUUGCUCGAGUCUGAUUUCAACUCACCUGUAACCACAAAGGCCAGGGCUCGGAGGGGAGUUGGCCAGUUUCAGUGUAGGAUGUCUGUUAUAUUAGAGGAGGAGUCAAGAAACUGGGGCCCCUACCCCAGGUUUGCGUGUGAUUUCUAUGAGAAACCGAGGUCCACUCUCUACCAGUAAGGAAGGCACAUGGGGAGUUGCAGGGCUCUGUGCCUUGAGGGCCUUGAGGCCUGCCUUCCUUCUGGGCUCUGGCUGUGGGACGCUGGGACUGUCCUUCCUGUUGGAUGGCUUCCAACCCCCUGGCUUGACCACAUCAGAGCUGUCCUAGGGCUCUGGCCACAUAUCCACAGGGCCGUCUCUGCUGGCGGAUGGAUCCGUAGAAAAAUAAUCAGAGGUUACUGUGUCCAGAAUGACCUUACCUCUGUUGGUCCGGCCCUUGUGCCACACACAGGACUUUAACCCUAGGGUAAGAAUAAGCACUAUUGUUAGGACAGGCCUCACUGAGAAGACUGAGGACCUGGGCUCAGCAUUAACUUUUUUGUGAUUAAGAGUCUUUCUCCGACAGGGAAUAUAGACACCACUCUGGCUGGAGAGGCUCACCUGGCCGCUCACUGGUCAGGCGGCACUGGGCAAAUGACUUGACUUCACUGAGCCUCGGGUUCCCUCACCCUAAAAUGAGGAUAAUUAUAUCUACCUCAAGGUAGUUUCCUGGGGAGGAUACUGAGACCUGUCACAUGAGUUUACACAGGAAGCACUCCCAGUUGUUAAUUAGUAAACAUCACGUUAGGGCUUGCCAAGGAGUAACGCUUCACAGGUGCCCUGGGAAUUUAUGGAGCAGCCAGUCCUGGGGAAUGUGAGUGGGUAGCAUGCCACCUGCUGCUGGGGCUUUGCUUUCCCCUGCCUGUGUCAGUGUGUCCUUGUGCCUGCUUUGCCUGGCCUGAGGAAGUCACUUCAUUUUCCUCCUUGCCCUCUUGGUGGAUCAUGAAAUCCUGGAGGAUCCUGAAGGCCAUCCUUCUUGUUUCCAGGCAACAGGGUAUUGACAGCAGCCUUUACAAUCAAAUUUAAAACAUGUCUUUGAGUCGAUAUUUCAGUGGUUUCCUUAUUUUGCCCCCUUUGUUUUUAAAUAGCCUUAUAGCCAAGAAUAAGUUUGGAGGAAAAUUUAUUCAGAACCGAGGAGGAGACCCUAGAGAGCCUUUCUAUUAGCACAUUUUGCACAUAGCAGGAUUGUAAGAGAGGUGAGAUGCCUUGCCCAGGGCAGUGGUCCAGCUCUCGAGUUCCCUGACUGCCUUCUCCAUGGUGGCACUCCAAGCUCACCACCUCUCCCGGCCUCAGAAAGCUUGCUCUUCGAAGCCCUCUCACUUUCUUGUGACCUGACCCCAUUUUUUGGAUCAGCGUUAUUGGCUUUUCAGUUCUCUUUUGUUUAGAUUUCACCAGACUACAAUAGUUGUACCAUUUGUCUUCCGCCCUUUGGUGUAGCUGGUAGUGUUUGACUCACCUGCCAUUCCACUUAUUUUACUGAUUUCUUAAUUUUGGAUCUUUCUCAUCAUUGCCCUGAGAUGGAUGAAAUUAGCUCACAUCCUCUUUUUUGUCUUGGAUCUUUAUCUCUUUCUCUUGAGUGCCAUCGUUUUUGAGUCUUGUGUACUCUUCAUCCUCGCUCUGAAGUCCUUGUGUGAUUGACUCCUCAAUGGACAAAACAAGUCCAUCUUCUGUGUACGAGGAAUAGUCAGCCACACCUUCUCAUAUGUGGCUUGUAUUCCAUGAUGUGGUUUUUCCAUUAUUGCCCAGAUAUGGCUCAUCACGGCACCUUUUGCGUUCCUUGUUCUUCACUCACUUAUCUUCCUUAUUUUGUUUGCUUAUGGCCGGAGGAGGUGGUGAGAAACAUUUACUUGAAGCUUGGAAGAUGUUUCAAUUUUAUUUUAGUUUCUUCUUUUAAAAAACCUGUUAAAUGCAAGCUACAAUGAAAUGUAAUGCUUUUAAAAAUUAGCAAUAAUAUGUAAAGUAUGAUACUGUCAUUAUUAAGCCUCACUAAAUUAAUCCUACUACCAUCCAUUCUAAACAUCCAUCCAUCUUUCACGUCUUGUUUUGUUUUGUUUUAAACUUUUAUUGUGAAAAACUUUUUAGUAUUCAUAAAAUAGAGAGAACAACAUACCAAAUCCCCAUGUACUCAUCACCUAGUUUAAACAAUUGUGACUAUUCUGCUAUUUCUCAUCUAGCCCUGCCCCAUGCUUUUUCUUUUCUUUUUUAUUUUUCCUUUUUUGGCUGGAGUAUAUAUCUAAGGCAAAUUUUAAAAAACAUAAUUUCACCAAAAAAUACUUCAGUAUGAAUUCUUUUUUAAAAAGUACAUCCCUAAUGCUGCUAUAUCCAGUGGAAUUAACAGCAAUUCUUUAAUCUCAUCUAAUACCCAGUUAGGAUAUUUGGGGCUAGAAGUCAAAUCUUCUAUCUCUCCAUAAAAGUGUUUUUUUCCCCACUGUUUGAGGCUUACGUAGCUGUAUCUGCUAUAUGUGAGUAACAGGAUUCAAAUGCAUUUAUCUGUCUAAAGAGUUAGUGUUCAGUUUUUUUCUGAUGAUCUCAAUUGCCUUUUUUUUUUUUUUUUGUACUGUGGUAAAAAAACACACAUAGCAUCAAAUUUAUCAUCUCAGUGAUUUUUAAGGGUGCAGUUCAGUAAUAUUAUGUAUAUUCUCACCGUUGUGAAACCGAUCUCCAGAGCUUUUUAAUCUUGCAAAUCUGAAA